CGGAGUGGCCGACGGAGGAGUUCGUCGCGGGGGAGGAAGAACAGCCGAAGAUAACACCGCGACGACCGCGGCGACCACGACCGAGGAAUUCUCAAGAGUUCCGUCGAACGACACGGACUCAAAAUGGAGAUGCACUUCUCAGCCUUGAAGGAGCCGCGCGGCUUCAUCCGCAUCUUGCAGGCGUUCUUCGCCAUAUUUGCGUUCUCGAUCACCGCUGGCUUCUCUACCACGACAAAAAUCACAAUAGAAUGUAAAAAUUUCACAGCUCCAGUCACUGUGAAAUUCGGCUACCCAUUCAGAAUGGCAUACUCUCCGUUCGACGUGCCUCGAGAUUGCGUUCCGACAGGCACGGAUGCCGUGAUCCUGCCUUAUAACUUGUCGUCGAAUCCGGAGUUUUUCGUUGCCUGCGGUGUUCUUUCCUUCAUGUUCUGUUCAGCCGCCGUCGCCGUCUACGUCUUGCGAACGGCUCUCUACCAAUCUAACCAAACAAUCCCCAUCCUGGACCUUGGUGUGACUGCGGUCUUCACCAUUUUCUGGUUUGCCGGUACGUGCGCAUGGGCGCAAGGAGUGUCCGACGUGAAAUACUACAUGUCACCUGACAGAAUUAUUAGUCGUAUACCUGUGUGCGCGGACAUGAUCGCCGAGAAAUGCAACCUGGACGAAGCUGCCGAUUACUCUUCAUUGAACGUAUCCGUGCUUCUCGGCUUCACCUGCGUAUUGCUGUGGACAGCCGGUACUUGGUUCGUAUACAAAGACACGGCUCUGCAUCGCCAACAGCUACCCCCAGGCGCUCCAGGUUCUCAGUAUCCUCCCGUCGGCGCGACCUAUCCACCCCAGUCGCCGACUCAGCCUAUGCAGGGUCAAUUCCAACAGCCUCAGUACUAG